UACACGGAAAAGAACAAGGUCUGACGUUGUCAAAUCUGUCAACGCGGAUGUUGUUGUUAGCUGAACGCUGUGGCAUAACAAUUUCAGCGCUUUCUUACAUUUCCUGUGCGAGCACCAUGAGGUGUGUUUUCCUGACACUUGUUAUACUUGUGUGUUGCUCCUUGGUCAGAGGUGCUCCAGCACAACCUCCUGAUGUAGACGGAAAAGAUUCAGUUCAAUCAAACACUCAAAUUGGCAACGCUGACCAGCUUAAGGAAGUCUCUCUUACACUUGCAGAAAAGGUUCGGACAGACUCAGACCAGAGUAACUCUAAGAUAGCGCUUCAUCCACAGGUGCAGAACAUAACAGAUGAGAAGGUGAAUACAAAUAAAGUAAUUGCAAACCCCAAGAAACAGGGGCCUGAAGAAGGUAAAGAAGAUGUGAAAGUUGUGGAGAAGGAAGAAGUUCACAAUGAAAAGAUUUCGGAGGGUACAGAGGACAAAGGACAAGUCACUACAGAUGGUGGAGAAAAGGUGACAUCAGGAGCUGAGCAGGCCAAGGUGGAAAAACCAGAAGGCGAUCUGAACAAAGAUGCUCAGGGGAAAGCAGAUACUACAAAGAACGCAAAAUCUGACAAAACCACCAAGGAGGUGACCACACUAGAAGACAACCCUUCCAAGGAUGCAACAUCCAAAAAAGAAUCUGACAGUAAGGCAAAAUCAGAAGAUAAAGGCAAGAAUGGAGAAAUAGGAGGGAACCGUCACAAUGAGCCGCCUGCUGUAAAUGACGAGGCAGAAAGCAGUCAUUUCUUUGCAUACCUGGUCUUUACAGCAGUGCUGGUUGCAGUGGUUUACAUCGCUUACCACAACAAGCGCAAGAUAAUUGCCUUUGUUUUGGAAGGAAAGCGAUCAAGAUCUGCUCGUCGUCCAAAAUCCACAGAAUACCAAAAAUUGGAGCAGCAUUUGUAAUCAGAUGCGGUCCUCUUGAGACACUGACUACACUGUGGGGUGGCAUCAGAUGAAGAUGAGAGGAUGUGAUCAUUUGAAUUGGCAUACAUUUUGGCCUGUGUGGACAUUGUUCUGUUUCGUAGAUGGAUGCUUAUUGCAUGCGUAUGCAGAUGAUACUGUUGCCUUAUUGACAGAAUGACUACAACACAGCAAAAGAAGAAUGUGCACGCUUUUUGCACAUUUGUCUUUAUUCCACUUUUUAGUAAUAUAACUGCAAAGACUCAGGACUUUAGCCAUUUUUUCAUGUUAAUUGUCUUGUGUGUUGUUUGUACAGCUAUGAUUGCACUGUUAGCCAAAAUAAGCCAUUAUGACUCCCUGUAAAACAAUCUCUGUGUACAAAUUCUAAGAUCAUAUACAGUAAAUAAUCUUUAAAGCUGCCUACAUGUACAGAAAAGUGCAUGUGUUUGCAGUUAUAACAUUUUUUUGCAAGUUUUUUGGAUGCUGGGACAUGAUUGGGUUCGGUCAUAUUCUGAGAAGUGAAUUGGAAGGUUUCAUAUUAAACAGUGCAUGGCACAAAAACUGUAAACGGCUAGCCUGCAAACUCGCAUACUAAUGAUUGGCACUGUUCUGUUGAAUCAAACAUCUGAAGACUUGACGAAUUUGGAUGUCUUAAAGUUAAUGUGUGUUCUUGAAAUAUAUGUAAGGACAACAAAUAUUAACACUGACAUUAACACUGACAUUGAAAAAAGGAACAAGGCCAGUUUGAAAUAUUCACAGUUCCUGUAUUGGAUACAGUUAAACCACUCCCAGGUGUCUGCCACACCUGUAAAUGCUAGUUGUACCGACUUGAUACAUUGUGACAUUUGUCAGUGUUGUGCACCAUUGCUUUGUAAAGGUAUGCAUUAUCUGUAAACUGUCACACUGUUUACUCCAGGGGUGUUCAAAUGUUUUCCUCCGAGGGCCACAUAGUAAAAAUCAAAGGAUGCAGGGAGCCACUUUGAAUUUGUAUGUAGGUUUUUUAAUUUUGUAAAAAGUCAAAAAUAAAAUUAAGUAUAUUUAAAGACAAAGCUUUGUUUUGUUAUUAGUGUUAAGUAUCAGCAUUUAAGCUUUUUACAUUUUGCUUUAUUUUUCUCAUUUUGGGGGGUAAAUUUCUUCAAUGUGACGUGGGCCAAUAAAAAACAAGCUGCGGGCUACAAAUGGCCCCGGGGCCACAGUUUGGACACCCCUGGUUUACUCUUGAGAUUACCUGAAAUUAGGCCUGUCACAAUAACAAGUUUUGCUGGACGAUAAUUGUCCUACAAAUUAUUGACCAUACAGUAAACGGUAUUAUUGUCAACAUUAUUUAUAUGACAAAAUAUGGCAUAAUACUGCAAGUACACUGUAUCAAAAGCAAUAAACUUUAAUUUCUCAAGAGUAUUUAACAUUGUAAUUGGAAUGUCAAGAGCCUAAUGCAAAUAAAAUAAAUUAAACAUGAUAAAAAAGACCAAAAAAAAACCCCAAUGGAAAUGAAAUGGACUCUGUUUUAGUAAAAACUGCACUUAAAUAAAAUUGCACUUAAAGAAAUGUCACAAUCACUUUUGAAUCUGUGUCACUUUUGUUCCUGUCCGAAAAUUGACAAAAACCCCCCAGAAAUAACCCGCUAUAGUUAAUUCUGCUAUAGAACCAACGCAAGGUUGUGACAGUUGCACGGCGUGAACCCUCUUGUUGUCCAGUCUGUUUCGUAGAGAGGAGGAAAACACACACAUGCACAUGCCAGUAUAUCGAGGCCGGCAAAAUUAUUGAGUUAAUUUGAUUUAUCGUGUGGUUAACUGAUUUAUUAUCGUGACAGGCCUGCCUGAAAUCUUUGUGGUAGACACCUCAUACUUUUAGACUUUUACCACUUUGUUGCUUUUUUUUUAAAAAGAUGGACAAAUGCAUAAAUGCUGAGAGUCCAAUGGAAUAGACUUUUAGAUGUGACACUAUAUGUGCCAAAUUGAAAAUGACAGUUUUUUGUUUGUAUUCAAUGAGUUACUGUAUUGGAUUGAAAAUAUCUAUUUCCAGCUGGUAAGGGUAAUAUUUUUUCCCACAUUUUAUUUGGAAAUCUGCAAAGCCAUAUUUUUAUCAA